UUCGUCGGUUUUAAGAGACGGCGCUCCGUUCCUGUACCCAAAAAUAAUCGGGACAUCUCGCCGGCCCCCGUGGAACCACACAACGCCUUUAAACGCAGCGACGUCGAAGGUGCAAAACGUGGUGUGUGUGCCGGCUACGAAUUUUCUCGCUAUCCGUAAUCGAACAGAAUGAGGUGAUGCACCAAAUCUUGCCACAGGAGAACGAUCACGAGACAUGGGACCGAGAAUCUAUUGCUGCUCGAUCGUUCUUGUCCUCUGCUUCCACUACGCCGGCUGUUUCGGUAGAGACGCGCGCAUCAUGACACGAUGGGCAGAGACCUUGGGUGCCGAAUUGUGGGAACUCGCGGAGAAGGUGGCCCGACCAGACGAACUAUUAAGCAGAUACAAAGCGAUGAAUACGCGGGUGGAGGAUAAGUCCGGGGAGGAGUUGGUGAGCAUAAUCAGCGAGAACGUCGGCAGGAUGCUCAGACGGAAGAUGGACGCGGUGACCUGCAUCCGGAUGAGGGCCGAGGAAUACGCCGAGAACUUCGAGAACGACGAGGAAGAUGGGAAUUUCACCUACGUGUCCGGGAAAUACAGCCCUGUGAUCAAUCAGAAGCCGCCCCAGCUUCCGGAGAACAUGGAGAAAAACGUCGACGUUUACAGGGAAAUGGAGCUGACAGCGGACUCGCAUUUCUACAAUAUCCCAGUGAACACAAGUUUUUCGUCGGUCCAUGUACCGACCAACGUCUACGAUCUGUCACCAGGUGUUGUCAAGGACAUCAAGAAGAGCGAGAUCCUGGACAACAUCUUCCGUCAGAACUACGAAUCAGACCCGGCCCUUUCCUGGCAGUAUUUCGGCUCAGUCACCGGUAUGCUUAGACAGUAUCCCGCAAUGCAAUGGAGGACCGAUCCCACGGAGAACGACGAGGUUCUUGGGGAGUACAAUGAGGCGGAGGAAAAAGAGGACGACGAGGGUGGCGGUGACGAAGAGGAGGCAGAUAUCUACGAUUGCAGAGUACGCAGCUGGUUCAUCGAGGCUGCGACUUGUAGCAAGGACAUGGUGAUCCUGAUGGACACCAGCGGCAGCAUGACCGGCAUGGGAAAGACUAUCGCGAGGACCACGGUGAAUAUAAUCCUGGACACCCUAUCGAACAACGAUUUCGUCACCGUGCUGAGCUACACGAACGAGACCUACGACGUGGUCGAUUGCUUCAAGGACAUGCUGAUCCAGGCCACGCCGGAGAACUUGGACACGUUCAAAAAAGCGAUAAUGACGGUGAAAACGGAGGGCUUGGCGAAUCUCACGGAGGCCUUCAACAGGGCGUUCAAUCUCCUCAAGAAUUACAGGGAGACGCGUGGGUGCGGCGCAGACACGCCGUGCAAUCAGCUAAUCAUGCUGGUCACCGACGGGGUCCCUGGAAAUCUGACCGAGGUGUUCAAAACAUGGAACUGGCAGGACAACAACACCCACGUCCCCGUGCGAGUGUUCACUUAUCUCUUGGGCAAAGAGGUGACGAAGGUCAGGGAGAUUCAAUGGAUGGCCUGUCUCAAUCGGGGCUACUACACGCACGUCCACACGCAAGAGGAGGUUCGUGAACAGGUGUUGAAGUAUAUUCCUGUGGUGGCCAGACCCAUGGUCCUUCAGGACCUGGUGCAUCCUGUCGUAUGGACCCACGCUUACGCAGACAUCACGAAUCCUGCGCUCGCCACUUGGCUGUGGCUGGUGAUGCAGCACCAGGAGCAACGGUCCCGGCUUGAGAAAUAUCUGAAAGGGAAACGUCUUGGCGUGCGAAUGAAUGCAGACGAGAUCUACAUACAGCAGAUCCACAAGGACGAGGACGUUCGCCAGGAUCCAUCGACACUGAACUCGACCGCCUGGCAGGAGUACAGGCUUCUAACCUCCGUCAGCACGCCGGUGUUCGACCGUAAAGGGAACGCACGGAGCAAUCAGACGAGAACAGCGAAUCUGUUGGGCGUGGCCGGCACGGAUGUGCCGAUCGACGACAUACGAAAGCUCACGUUGCCGUACAAGCUCGGCGUGAACGGGUACGCCUUCAUCGUGUCGAACAACGGCUACGUGAUACUGCACCCGGACCUACGGCCGGUAUACCGUGGCAAACUGAAGCUGAACUACAACAGCAUCGAUCUGACCGAAGUGGAGAUCCUGGACGAUGGUCUUGGACCAAGGAACCCCGGGCCAGAGGUGCUCGAGCUACGCGCGGCGUUGGUGGAUCACAAAUGGGGCAGCACAAAAGGCGUGCCGGUGAAGCUGCACUACGACGACAAUCGUCGUGUCACACUCGAGAGACGGGACUACUUCUACGCGCCGUUGCCGGGCACGCCGUUCGGUCUCGCGGUCGCCAUACCGAAUUACGGGACGACGUGGAUCAAGGUCGGUGACGAGAUACGCAGGAACCAGAACUUGGGCAUCGACAUCACCGACUUCUUCGUGGGCAACAACUGGCGUGUGCAUCCCGGCUGGGUCUAUUGUCGGUUCCAUUAUCUCGAGGGUCACGAGUUCGACAAUCCCGAGGAGGAACUGAAACACUUCUUGGACCUGAUGAACAAGCCACGCUGGCGAUGGUCCGAACAAUACGAAACCUAUUCUGUAUACCAUAAUGAUACGGACGAGCUGCCGAACUGCGGCCGAAGAACAUUAUCCCGCGAGGAUUACUACUGUAACAAGGAGCUGAUGCAAUUACUGGUGUUCGACGCGAAGGCCACGAAUGCCAGCUUCGACGAUGAUUUCGUAUUCGAGGAUCCCCGUGCCCGGCAUCUGGCCGAGGUUUAUGGGAUAUUCUUGAGAUUCGUCGCUACACAGAGCGGGUUGACCAGGUGGCAUCAUUUAGACACGAACAAGGUGCCCGCGGAGUUCGACGGUAUCGUCUUCGGCGAUCUUCACAGGAGGGCUGUCAACGAGCCCUGGUACAAGGGCGCCAUUUUCCAGAAUAUUCUGGACCCUAACAGUAUAUCCGUGACAGUUCCCUGGGAGGCAGGCGCCGACGCGAUAGUGACGGUCUCGAUCGGAAUAUUCCCGAAAGACGGUGGUAAAACGGCGCCGGCGGCGGUGAUCGGCUUUCAAAUGCACAUGACGGAUCUCUAUAACAGAUUCAUUGAGUUGACGUCGGGACCGAGCAACUCGUCCGUGAACUGCGCCCACGGAUGGAUCGAUUGUUACUUGCUCGAUCAAAACGGUUACGUGGUCAUAUCGGAGGCGCACAACGACACCGGACAAUUUAUGGGGACGCAGGAGGGCGCUGUUAUGAACUCCAUGGUCGGCCAAGGCCUCUAUAAUCCUGUGGAGAUUUACGAUUAUCAGGCUUGGUGCGAGGAAGUUCGUAUCGAGGAUGCGGCCAGCAGACUGACGGACCCGCUGAUGCACGCCUGGAAACUGUUGCUCUGGUUUCUGCUGCGUGUGACGUGGUUCACGACCCAGUUCGUAAACUUGCCGGCCAGCCUGGCGAAAGUUCACUUCGACGAGGACGCACCGGACCCGCCGCCGCCGCCCCGUCCCUACCUCUAUCACUACCCCUGCGAUCAGAAACGGACCCUCUACAUGAUGAAUUACACGAUCGCCGGCGAGGGUAUCACCAAUCAUCCGGACUACUGCUCUAGACCGUUCUAUGCUCGUAGAGUGCCGCACACGAAUCUCCUGCUGGUCGUCGUCGACGCGAUGUACGCCACUUGCUACAAGAGAUUAGAGGUGACGCCCGUGAUCAUUUCGCCGUUGGAGUACACGAACGGCACCGAGGACGCGCCCUGUCAUAAAAUGCCGCUGAACGAUCUUAAAAGGAGACGCCUGGAGGGCUGUUUCACGGAGCAUCCUCUGGAGUACGAGAUAGAGGAUUGCGGCAGAGCAUCAGGACUGGCUGUAUCUUCCCUUUUGUUCGCCGUUGUGGUCACUAGGAUUUUAUGGACGCUUGUAUGACUGUUCUGAACGAGUAUGUCCGUCCCGUCGAUACCGACUGUAUCCCAUGAAACACGCUGCUGAGAACAAUUAGAUCAGAAAUUACUGUCGGUAUGAAAUUUCGUAUCGGGUUACAGUACCAAAAUUUACCUUUAGUUUCACAAAAUGGUAAUUAACUCAGCAGAUUUCCCUAAGUUGCAUUUCACUGUUUUUAUGUACCGAGCCCUUGUUCAGAGGUUAGAAUGGCGUAUGAAGAAAUUCGAUGAGUGUCGAAAGAGAAUGAAAUUUACAAAGAGUCUGUAAGCGCGCUGCAUAAAGAUCAUUCUUGUUAUUUUUUAUUUUUAAGAGAGAAACUGCUAAUUUAGAGUGGAGUAUAGCGCCUGGAAAGUGCAUGCCUUCGCCGAUCCACUUCUGAAGGCUCAUCCACGGCGCGCAAAACGUACGAGGAAUCUUACGAAGUUCCCAGAGUGAUCUUGUUUAUGGAACUAUAAACUUUUCCCUCCCACCUCGCUUUUACCCAGAAGACGCGUCCUACUCCGGUGACAAGCUUCCAUUCUUUCCCCGGGGCCAUUGUUCUGAUAACGUCCGUAGUCCUGGGUCGCGAGAGUUCUCGCCUCCUCGGAAACAAAAAUAAUAAAAGAACACCUCCACCACUCGAAACUUUGAAGCAUCGGCUCUGUAAUCGAAGAACUUUUUUUUUUUUUACUAAAAAUCGUA